AUGUCAAAUUAAUAAAAAUUUGGUUAAGAUUAUGAAUAUUAAAAUAAAUUAAAUCGUAAAAAUGCUGACCGUGUUAAAAACAGAAAAAUAACUUCUUAAAGAUUUGAUUUAUAACUUCCGGAUAAUUCAAUUUAAACAAGCAAAUACACUUUUUAUAAUUUUCUUCCAAAAAAUUUAAUUGAAUAGUUUUCCAAAAUAGCAAACCUAUAUUUUUUAAUAGCAGGAUUUUGUUAAAUUAUUCCUUAAAUUUCUAUUUCUGAUGGUGUGCCAACUAUUUUUUUGCCUUUAACAGUAAUUUUAGCAAUUACAGCUUCCAAAGAUUUUUACGAAGAUUAUAAAAGAAAAAAAUCAGAUAAUGAGGAAAAUAAAGUAAAAAAGUAUAAAACCCAAUAAAAUUAAAAAAAAGAGGCAUGUCCUAGUAUGGAAGCCAGAAAUUCAACAGUUUAUUUAACUAGAAUGGUAACUUAUAAGAGUUGGUAUAUUUUAGAUAAAGAAUUUAUUCCUGCAGAUGUAUUAAUACUAUCAACAUCAGAAAAAAAAGGAAUGGGUUAUAUUGAAACAAAAUCAUUAGAUGGCGAAACAAAUUUAAAACAAAAAAAUGCUUAAAAAGACAUUUAUUAAUAUUAUGGUCCCAAAUUAAAUACUUAAACUUUAAAUUCUAAAAAUUGUAUUUUCUCUUAUGAACUACCUAAUCCAAUUUUAUAUAAAUUUGCUGGAACUUGCGUUUUACCAAACUAAGAAAAUGACUUUCCAAUAGAUAAUAAUAAUAUAAUAUUAAGAGGAUGUAAAUUAAGAAAUACAAAAUGGGUUUUAGGAUUAGUUUGUUAUACAGGUCAUGACACGAAAAUAAUGAAAAAUUCAUUCAAGGCAAGAGCAAAAAAAAGUCAUUUAGAACAUACAAUGGGUUAAUAGAUAAUAUUUAUUUUUAUAGUUUAAAUUGGGAUUUGUAUGUUUGCAGCUCUUUAUUAUAUGAUUUUUUAUAGAGAAAAUAAAAAAGAUUUAGGAUAUUUAGGAAUUGAUUUAAAUUCUUUUGAAAGUCAAGAUUAUUAUAAUUUUUUUGUUAGGUUUGGAAAUUGGGUUUUGAUUUUUAAUAAUUUUGUUCCAAUUUCGCUUCUUGUUACUCUUGAGAUGGUCAAAUUUAUAUAAGCUAUAAUAAUCCAAAAAGAUUAAUAUAUGAUAUAUAAAUUUAAAGAUGAAAAUGAUGAUGAAAUAAUAACUCAAACAAAUGUACAAAGUUCGAACUUAAACGAAGAAUUGGGUUAAAUAGAAUAUGUUUUUUCAGAUAAAACAGGUACUUUAACAUGUAAUAUAAUGGAAUUUAAAAAAAUAUCUAUAAAUGGAAUAUCAUAUGAGCAACCAAAUAAUGAAUAUGAUGCUUAAAAAUUUCCAAGUGUAAAAAAUGUAGAUUUUAAAGAUAAUAAAUUUUUUUAAAAUUUUUCUGAUAAAAAUAAUCCUGAGUAUUAAAAUAUACUGAAAACUCUAAAAAUAUUGGCAUUAACUCAUACAGUAAUAAUAGAAAUAAAAAAUGAAAAUGGUGAAAAAGAACAAAUAUAUAAUGCAUCUUCUCCUGAUGAAUUAGCCUUGGUUAAUUUUGCUAAAUACUGUGGUGUAGAAUUUAAAGGAAUCGAUGAAGAAUAGAAUAUUCUUUAUUAAAUUAAAGGAAUAAAUAAAUAAGUUAAACUUCUUCAUGUAUUUUAGUUUGAUUCUACUCGAAAACGUUAAUCAGUAUUAAUUUAAGAUCUCGAAUCUAAUAAAAUUUUUUUAUUUUGUAAGGGUGCUGAUUCAGUAUUAUUAGCUUUAAUUGAUAAAUAAAAAUCAUAAAAAAUUGAAGAAACUGAAAAAAAUUUGGAUGAUUAUGGUAAUAUUGGUCUUCGUACAUUAAUUUUGUGUGAAAGAGAAAUCCCUAUUUAAGAAUACACUUAAUGGUAAAAAUAAUAUCAAGAAGCAUGCACAACUUUAGUAAAUAGAGAAGAGUAUAUGAUAUAAGUACAAGCUUUAUUAGAAAAAGAUCUUAUUUUAGUUGGCGCAACGGCAAUAGAAGAUAAGCUUCAAGAUAAAGUUGGCGAAACAAUACAUUCUUUGAAAUGUGCAGGUAUAAAAGUAUGGGUGUUAACAGGAGAUAAAGUAGAAACUGCAAUAAAUAUAGGUUUUUCUUGCAAGCUAUUAUCAAACGAUCUUUAAUAAUAUGUAAUAAAGCUACAGAAAAAUUUCGAAAUGUAUAAUGACUAAUAAAACGCACAGGACAUAGAAGAUAAACUUAAAAAAACACUAAUCGAAAUCUAAUAAAACAAAGAUGAAAAUGGAUAACUUAAUUAUAAUAAUGCAUUUAUUAUAACAGGAGAAUCUCUUAUCUAUGUAUUAAAAGGCGAGUUGAAAAAUUUGUUAAUUUAAAUAACUAAUUAUUGCACAGCAGUACUUUGCUGUAGAGUUUCUCCUUAAUAAAAGUAAUAAAUAGUUACUUUAGUAAGAGAAAAUAAAAGUAAUGUUUCUACACUUGCGAUUGGUGAUGGAGCUAAUGAUGUUAAUAUGAUUUGUGCUGCUCAUGUAGGAAUCGGAAUUAAUGGAGUUGAAGGAUAAUAGGCUGCUAGGGCUAGUGAUUAUUCUAUUGGAGAAUUCAAAAUUUUAAGAAAUUUAUUGUUUUAUCAUGGUAGAGAAUCUUAUAGAAGAAAUUCUAGACUUGUUUGUUUUAAUUUUUAUAAAAAUAUUAUUCUUGUACUUCCUUAGUUUUGGUUUGCAAUCGAAAAUGCUUUUUCUGGAUAAACUCUAUAUGAUAGUUAUAUUUAUUAGCUUUUUAAUGUUGUUUAUGCUUCACUUCCAAUUAUUAUUUAUGCAGUUUUUGAUGAAUAAUAUGAAUAUAAAGUACUUGUUGCUAAUAAGAAAAAUUAUUAUUUAUAAGGAAUUAAGCGUAUUUUUUAACUUUUAAUAAUGUAUUUAAUUUUUUUAAAUUUAGAUUCUCUAUUCAACAGAACCGUAUUUUGGUCUUGGUUUUUAAAUGCAGUUUGGUAAAGUGUAAUAAUAUGUUUUUUUAGUUUUUAUAGUUUAGAAUAUACUUUUGGAAAUUAAAAAGGUUACUCUUUGAAUUUUUGGUCAAGUGGAACUAUGGUUUUUAGUUUAGCUGUUUUAAAUGCAAAUAUAAAAGUUAUUAUUAUUUCAAGUGAUCAUAGUUUUGCAAGUUUAUUUUUUAAUUUUGGAUCCAUUGUUGUAUAUAUAGGGACAGUAUUAAUUAUUGAUAUUAUGUUUAAAACUUCUAAUAUAUAUAGAAUUAUACUUUAGUAAAAACAAUAAUUUAUCUAUAUAAUUUAUGUUAUUUAAAAAUUAUUUUUUAUAAAGAAUACUAUAAACUCCUUAUUUCCAUUUAGGAAACAUUUUAGCUAUUGGUGCAACCUCGUUUAUUGA